AUGUUUCAAACAAAGCUAUACAUAUAUUUGAAAGAGAUUUUUCCUCGGUAUCGUCAUAUUGAGCCAAAAUCAAUCGUCAUAUGUCGGGGAAUUUCCGCUCUUUUAAUUUUAGCUCUACUCACAACAUUUACGGCUUUUUUGAUUAUCGAUAUACUUGAUGAUGGUCCGGUAUUGCAAAAGACUAUAUUUACAGCAGAUUCUCUUCCGAUACCAGAUAUUUUGAUAACAUCUAAUUAUCAAUUUAAGAUUGAAUGUUUGUCAAUUAAACUCACUACGAAACAAGAUUGUACACUAUAUAUCAAUCAACCUGUAGUGACCACUGAAAAAAAAUGGAAGACACUUGUAAGUUUGGACCAAAUUGCAGGAAGAUUCGCUCCUAAAGAUCUUUCAAGCAUAGGUUUAUCUUUCACUCCAAAUGACAACACUUUUGAUCCUAUCAAAAGUGAAGGGUAUAUCAUCGAGGCCUACGACCCAGAAUUCGGGCCAUAUAGCAAUAAGCCCAGUUCAGAUUUAGAUGGCGAUGAAUUGAACUUUUAUAAUACCUAUGGCCAACAAUUUACUUACUCGUUAGGAGCAUUAAACAAUUAUUUUGUACUGACCGGAACUUUCGCAUUUUCACGAACUAUUAAAGAAAUUAUAUCCCAGACGCAAAGUAAUACUUUUGGCAUUCCAGCAAGUUAUAGCAAACAAACGUAUAUCACCUCAGAUUACGAGCUUGUUAACCAUAAACUAAAUAAUGAAGCAUCCCUUAUAAUACUUCCUCGAAGUUAUAUGAUAGAAAGACUAAGAGAACAAAGAACAAAAACAUUUCUCGGCGCACUUGCUUUAUUCGGUGGCAUAUGGGUGAUUGCGGCAGGAGUAUAUGCUUGUUUAUUUGGAAUAAAUGCAUUGCGACCUUGGGGGCUGGUUCACAGCUGUUGUUUUCCAAAUGACAAUCGCAAACAUAUCCUUAAUAGAUAUCCAAACAUACCGUUGUUUUCACCUGCUGCAAACAGCAAUCCAACAGUCGUAAAUAACUUUGGAACCGAUGAUGAAUUUAAGAGACGUAUGGAGGAAAGAUUUAAUGCACUCGAACUUUUUUUAAAAGAUCAUGUAGUAAAUGCUGGAUACCUUGAAGAAUUUGUGAAAAAUGCAAAUGAUGAUAAUCAGCCCUUAAGCGACGUGGCAUCUACGCUUCCAGCAAACGUUAUUUCUAACUCAGUAAAAAUUAAUAAUGAUCCAAGCAAUAUAAGCAUGGCAUACCCAAACGACCUACCUGUAUAUGGAGCUCCUAGUCAAAUGACCUAUCCGCCUCAAGUGGCUCAUAAUAUACAACCUAUGAAUAUGCAAGUUUAUGGAUCCUAA